UUCCCCCUAAGUAAUACCACGAAUGGUUCCCGAGAUAUGGCCGAGGGACAGUCUUAUUGCGUCACCCGGUACUCUACAAGAAAUUUACUGUAAUGUUCCUGGGCUGCAUUUCAGAGAAUUUAAAAAUUAAAUAGCGAUCAUAAGCUGAUUAUUGCAAUAUUUACGUUUGUUACAAAAUGACCCAUAAAUUUUUUUUGGUAUUCAUUAUUUUUACCGAAAAUAUGUGUUGUGCAUACGCAGUAAUGGUUUUUGUGUUAUUGUCUAUAUCGCAAAGUAAAAGUAAAAAAAAGUAACUAAAUCCCUUUGUUAUUUCCAAUUUUAUUAGGAAUGAUUUAAUUAUUUUGUUUCCGGUGUUGUUUAUAUUGUGAAUAUCCAUGGUAACCAAAUCAAUACACUACCAUCAUGGCCGAGGAAACAAAAUUUAUAAUUACCGAAUUAAAUAAAUUGCUAAAUAGAGAAUAUAAUUUAUCAUCAUUUGAGAGUUUAUCUAAGGAUGAGCUUUUGAGUAUUGUGUGUGAUGUGUUAGUUGUUUUGGACGUAAUACCAAAAGGUGAAUACGACAGUAAUAGUGCAGUAUCCAUAAUUUUUGACGCUUUACAAAAUAUAAAAUAUUCACCUCCCGAUGAUGUGGACCCCGAGGAGUUUUUAAAUGGUAUCUCGCUGGGAAAUAAAUCGAUAAUUCGUAUUAUUGUGCAUUGGCUAUUAUCUAAACCGGAACAAGUGCGAAAAAGAGCCUACCUCUCGAAAUAUGUUGAGAAAAUCGAAUGCCCUCCGGAGAUAUUGGAUGAUGUGGAAGUGGGCGUAUUAUAUGCACAGUACGAAAGUUUAAUUGAAGAAUUUUGGAAGGUUUACAAUGAAAAUAAAAAAGAAGAAAAGCUUGCAGUGGAAGCGGAAGAAUUGCAGCAUGACAUAUCGAAAAUGGAAGAAGAUUCUUUAAAAUUGCAUCAGCGGAUUGAACAGCAAAUGCGAAAAAUAGAAAACAUCCCUCACAAGGAAGGUCUAAUCGCUAUGGUUCGUUCGUAUCGCAACGAGGUCAACGAACAAAAUAAAUUAGAACAACAAAUCUUGGAGCAACAAAAUCUCGAAGUUCAGAUGGAAAAUGAAUUAAAGGAAUUGAAAGAAAUCCUCCUUCAUAAACAAACACGUCACGGGAACAAAGUAGAAUUGGUGCAAUUAAUUGCAGACGAAGUAAAUACAAACAAUAUAAUCGCAGAUCAGCUGGCGGACGAGUUAAAGCAUGUCAAGCAAGAAAUGGACUUGUGCGAAUCGCUGAUACGAGGCCCCGAACCUAGUGAAGCUAAUAUAAAUGAUUUAACUGCAGAGUUGGCGAAACUGAAUGACGAAGUUCAAAACUUAAUUGAAAAUAAAAUGUCUACAAUAGAUGUCAGUUCAGAUAAUCAACUGGUCGCUUUUCGUAAUCAAGCUACGAUCAUCGCUAAUAAGAAACAAGAAGUCUCAAAGUCGGUUAUGGAAUUAAAAAGUAAAAUGAAUUCGAUUCAAGACGAAAUUGUUGAAAAGGAAGAUUUAUUAAAAACACUUAUUGGAGGGCCUCUUCUUCAAGGGGAUAACUUAAAAAAGUAUGUCUCAAAGCUUCGCGCACAAAACAUUCUCUACAAAGAAUAUAAAGGUCAACUAAGCGCUUUAACUACAGAAAUCGGCAUACUAAACCGAACCGUUGAUAUUUUAAAAUCCACCGAUCCUUCAUUUGACGAACUGCUAAAGGGGGAGAGCGUCAAUCACGAAGCGCACUUCGCAAAAACAUCGGCAGACACUAACGAUUUGAAGGAGGAAUUUAAAAGUAUCUCCGAAGAAUCGGAUCGCGUAAGAGCAGAAACUGCCCAACUUCGAGAGGAACUCAAAGUCUGUAUGGCGGACUUGGAACCGAUCCUGAACGAAUACAAUCAGUAUAAGGAAAACUUCGAAGAAGUUACGAAAAUGUCGUCAAAUCAGUUAAAGCAAAUCAACGAGGAGAUAUCUACUCUGGAAGAGGAAAUUAAAACGCAAGAAGAAAAGUGGAAAUCGAUGCAAAGGGAAAAUCAGCGAAAAGAGGAACUGCUCGUUCGAUUAAGUGAAGAUAUUAUAAAUUCUGGAGACGUUCUUAAUACGCAACCGAGCCAAGUUAGUAUCUUGGAAGGCAAGUUGGAGCAGCAAGUAAAAAUCAAGAAUAUGUUGGCCGAUGAAUUAAGUAAUUUGGAACUGCAAAAGGUGGAAAGUCGUGAAAUGCUCGUAAGGUUGGAUGAAAUUAUUAUGCUGUUGAAAGCCAAAUUGAAGUACUCUUCAGCUUAAUAGGUUUUUAUUUCAUUGUAUAGGAGUGUAAUAACGUUGAUUGUUGAUAUCUUGUUAUUUUGAUAUGUAGAAUACAAUAUUGAAUUAAAUCGCUAACAUUCUGUUGGUUAAGAAGAUAAAGAUAGUGGUGAAUUUGAAU